CACCGCAGAGGAGUUCUUCCCACGCCCCAGCUCGAGGAAACUGGCCAACUUCAUCCGAGCGAGGGAGAGCGCGCCAGCUGCCUUGCCAGAACAAAUGCAAACACCACAGCUUUCUUAAAACUGCUGACCCUGAUGGUAACGAAAGAACUGUAAGGAGUCUGUCACAGCUGAGGGAAAGAGAUGUCCGUCCGGAUUGCAUGGCGCUCUGCUUGCAUCUUUGCCAUGGCCUUUUAUACGUUGCCAAAGCCAGCCCAAAACCAAGCGUGUUCCACGGAGAAGAUGGAGAACACCACCAUUGACAUCAAAGCAGCCUUUUCCAAAGGCAUCCGGGGGGAAGAUCCAAUCCAUGCUUCAUCUUGGGAAGCCUGUGUUGAUGUCUGCUGCUUGGGUGCAGACAGCAAGAAGUGCAACUAUGUGGUCUUUAAUACCAGGAGCAAAGGAAAUUACACAAAUUGCUACCUGUUCUAUUAUCCCACGAAUGAAACCUUCCUGGUGAGACGAGUGUCAGGACUGGUGACCUACCGAAUUAUAAAAGAUGCAAAGGUUCCCAUGCCAUCUCCUUUCUCAGUUCAGCUCUCCCACCCAACUGUGAAUGGGAAGUCUGUGUCUGCACUGGCUGCUGUGUUCGAUCUUCACAUCCCAACAAGCCCUCUGCGUGGGUCAGGCCCUUUGCAAAAGCCAAUUCCCCCAAAGAGUGUGGAAAUAUUGAACCACUUUGAUGAUAAACACAUAGAUGAGAUGGAUGGACGCUCCCAGGAUCCACAAAGCAGAAGGGCAAGUGGUUCAAAGAGCUUGGGUUCUUCAACUAUGCCUGAACUGAAGAGUUUGUUGUCCCCAAGUACUCCAAAUGCUAUUGAGCCUGGUAUUCCCACUGCACAGCCCACAGUUAAGUCACCUACUAUUACCAGUGGCACCCAGGCUGGUACUGUAAUUCCUCACGUGUCUCCUAGAAAUGCAACAACCACUAGGUCUACUACAGCUUAUCACAAGAAUGCACCUUGGGCAACUACAAAUCUAAGAAGAAGUACCACUGUUCCCAACCCAUCAACCACUGCUGGAUCUAGUGCUCGUAGCCUCAGCCCACUGCUUGUGAAGUUUUCUUCUGCUUCUUUACAUGAUGUCCAUCUUGGCAAUGGGCAACUAGGCUUGAAAGGCGAUAUGCUUAAUGGAGAUCCAAGCAAGGAACAUUCCCCUCACUUUGGUGACAAAAGCAUACUUACAGCUGCAUUGCUUUUGGGGGUGAUCUUCUUUCUCUUAGCUACAGUGCUGGUAGGUAGAAAGGUGCUUGAAUCUCUUCAGAGAAGGCGUUACACUAAGCUAGACUACUUGAUCAAUGGCAUGUAUGCCAACAUGUGACAGAGGAAAAACAGGAAGAUGUACGUUAGUGGUAAAUUUGGAAGCUUUAUUGAUGGAUUGGAUUUGUCACAGCAGAGAACAUGUUAUCUUUCCUACAAGGUCAAGUUUAAAUAUUUCAGUUACCUCACGAA